UUUUUUUUUAUUAUUGUCUAUGCAAGUAAAAAUAUUGUUCGCAACAAAUGCAAAUGGUUGGAAAUAGCUAUGAUGUGCUACGCAAGCAGGCGCGCACUCUGGAAAACGAAAUCGACCUCAAACUUGUGGCAUUCAGCAAAAUUGGAGCAGGCAGCAGCAGCAGUUUGAGUGGCAACAAUUCCGCUGCUGCUGCUGACACAUCACCGCUGCUGGGCGAACAUGUCUUUGACUCGCUGUCAGCGGAAAUUGAGCAAAUGCUCGAUAAGUUGUCGACGCUGAAUGAGUCGAUGUCAGAGCUGCCUGCGAGUGGAAGUGCAGCGAUGCAUACGCUGCAGCGGCACAGGGAGAUCCUGCAGGGCUACCGGCAGGAGUACAACAAGAUCGGUGCCAAUCAUACGAUGCGCAUCGAGCGCGAGGAACUGCUGCGUGGCUCGGGUCUGGCCACGGGUGGUAGUCCAUCGAUAUCGGGGCUGAGUCGGCGCGAGAUGUACAUGAAGGAGAGCGGGCAUUUGAGCAGUGCCGGCCACAUGGUUAACGAUCAGAUUAAUAUUGCCAUCGAGACGCGAGAUAAUCUGCAUGCACAACGACAGGCAUUUAAGCGACUGCAGACUCGUUUUAAUGACAUUUCCAAUCGUUUUCCUUUGAUAUCCAGUCUCAUUCAGCGCAUCAAUAUCAAAAAGCGACGCGAUUCGCUUAUUCUGGGCGCAGUUAUCGCGUUCUGUGUCAUCCUGCUGCUGAUCUAUGCUUUCAAUUAACAAAAUGUCAAUUCGACACAUUUCCGACAAAUUGCAAUUUUUUCUGUAUGUUUUCCCCCAACUUUUGGUAUAUAUAUAAUCAACUUGUGAUAGCAAUAAAAACUAAUAAUUAAGUUA